UCUUUCCUUCACCUACCGCGGAUCCAACAUAAAUGUAAAUAUCGACUCCAACGCUGCUUUCAAUUUUCAUAUCCCAUUUUUUAAAUUCUUCAUAAAAUGAGCAAAAUUUUUACUUUGGCUGAGGUUUCUGAGCACAACAACGCCAAGGACUGUUGGCUCAUCAUUGAUGGCAAGGUUUAUGAUGUCACAAAAUUCUUGGAAGACCAUCCUGGUGGCGAUGAAGUUUUGUUGUCUGCAACAGGGAAGGAUGCAAGUGACGAUUUUGAGGAUGUCGGCCAUAGUAGCAGUGCAAGGGCAAUGAUGGACGAAUUCUAUGUUGGUGACAUUGAUACAACGACCGUCCCCACCAAAACCCAGUACACCGCUCCAAAGCAGCCUCACUACAACCAAGACAAAACAUCUGAGUUCGUCAUCAAACUCCUUCAAUUCUUAGUUCCCCUGGUCAUCUUGGGUGUGGCCGUUGGCAUCCGUUUCUAUACAAAAUCUUCAGCUUAAAACAUAAGAUUAUAUAAGUUAAAAUCCCCUUCUUGUUAUACAUUAGUUUGCGUAUAUUGGGGAUUGAUCCAUAUUUCAACUUCUGUGGUAAUGGGGAUGGUUUUGGCUCUUUACUCUUGAAACCUAAUUAUCUUCAUCUGGCAUGCUUGUGGUAAUCAAAUAUUUGCCUUGUCAUGAGUUUUGGUUAGUU